AUGUCUGGCCUCUUGCGAUCGAGUUCCCGGUCGUCCAGGUCCAGGACAUCCGCAUCGAAGGAGGACGCCGAACCGCUCUUCGUCGACCCAUCCCACGAUGCCACAUUUCUGUCUCUCAAGAAGCUGCUCUCUGCCCCGACCACAAGCACACAGCACCUGAGCCUCCUCUCGGAGAGCACUCUAUACGGCAGCAUCACAUACUAUCUCAGCAAGCUCGAGCUCGACCACGUCGCCGAGUUCGCGGGCGUCAUCAGCUCCAGCGGAUGCCUCUGGACCCCACCGCCCCCUGCAGGUCAGCCUCCCACCGCAGCUUCUGGGAAGGCUCCUACUCCCUCCUCGAACAGCGCAUCCAAAGUCACAUGGACCACGGAACCUGGCUCGCCAUCAAAUUCUAGCACCGGCGCCGCGAACGAGCGCAACUCGGCCCUUACCCCAAAGCCAGCGUCGCAAAGCUCGCUGAGCGCGUUUUUGAUUUCACGCUCCACCAGCAUAUCGCAAGCUGUCGCAGCAGCUCUGACCAAGCGCGUCGAUCUCAUCGUCCGUUCCAAGAAGAACUCCACCGGUUGGGCAUCCAGCACGGCCCUGUCGCAGUACCUAAGUGCUAUCGUCAAAGGGAUGGACGAAACCGAGAUCAAUGGAACUCCCGAAUCGUACCGAGCAGCCAAGGGUCUCCCCAUCCCUCGCUUCGCCGUAACUGGCGGUCUCCUCAACGCUCUUCACGUACUCAAGGAUCAGCGUCGACGCACGCGCGACAUGUCCAUCCUCGAGGAGAUGGCCGCUGUUCGGGCCAAUCCUUCGCUCGGUCUCAGCGUGCGUCGCCAUCUGAACACCAUCGAGGAUGAGUGGAUCGUUGCUCUUGCCGAAAUCCUCGAUCAUCUCCACGGACCCACGACAUCCGCAGCUCUUGGUGGCGGUGAGAUCGUCCCCAGCGAAGCAAAGACGGACGCCACUAGUGACGAGGAUCAGGGCGUAGACGACUGGGAGGUCGAAUUCCGAAAACGCACCGCAGAGGUUGCCGGACCUGCUGGCAUCACCGCACUUGCCUCAAAGCGGGCUCUGCGUGCCGGUCUGCGCGACGUUCGCGACGUUCCACUCUACAUGGCCGCGCAGCUUGCACCUUUCGUGCCCGACCGAAAGAUCCAUGCGCUCGACCCAGUGCAACUCGCCUCGGCGACGAGCGAUGCCAUCUUGUCCCUCUUUGAAGGUGCUGAUGGUUCGACCUUCCUGUCUGAUCUUGCUCAGGAUGUAAGCAGUGCGGAGAACGGCGACCAGGAAGCCAGUCAAAUCCACUUGACCCCCGACGGCAGCACCGCGAGGUCCGUCCAGCAUGUCGUUGACUCGACGCUUUUCUCCGUGCUGGGACCUCUAUCGAAGCUCAUGUCGCGGGCGCUUGCCAAAGCUGUCACCUCCCUUACGCCCGCACAGCUCUCGUCGAUGCUCCUCGGAACGUCGGAUGCAGCAUUGGAGCCGCAGACUGGCGAGGUGGAAUUUUUCCCGGUGCUUGUGCGCAUGUCGCGCCUCUCAUCGCGUUUGGAAGCAGCCUGGCUCUCGAGCCCGCUCGCGGGCGCAGACGAGGCUCAGAUCGCCGAGACGAGCCGACAGCUCACCAAACAGAUGUGGACCGUGUUCAAAACGCUCCUCUUCAGCUACACCAUGGUCUUUGAUUCCAUGAUGGACGCGCUCGUCGACAUGUGCCCCAGCCCGACUCUCACCAUCCCGCCCGCGCUUGAACCUGAGCCCGAGGAAGGUGCGGGCAUCGCGUUGCAGGGCCACCAACGAAAAUGGCCUCGCGCAUCGACAUCGAAUCUGCCCGCACCUUAUCUGCUGCUCGUUCAGCUCAUGCUGGCAACAUUUUCGCAUCUCUACUGGAUCACUAGCACUUUCGGCGCGGACGGCUUUGACGUCUACCGCAAGGUCUUCUAUUCCGCACUCGACAUCCUCGGUCGAGACGGCGAGGCGUGCAUCCAGCUGCUGGAGCUCAUCGCGCCCGUGUCGCCCGAUCCGACCGAUCCCUCCACCUCGACGGACGGUCUGGAGAUGAAUGCAUCCAAACGAAGUUCCACUACCUACUUCCUCAACGUUGCGGAGCAGCUGAUCGCCGUUCUUCCGGACGAAGUGGUCGAACAGCUCAUCCUGCCCAUCUGCCGUCCGUACCUGGAGAACACUCGCUUCAGCGACACGUUCGAGUCGGCCCACUCGGUGGUGCUGGCGCUCUACUCGAACCACAAGCGAUGCAUCCUCAAUCUGGCGCCUUUCUACGUGGAGUUGCUCAUCGCAAGCUAUCCGAAGCGUCUCACGUCGGUGCAGCUGGAAUACGCCAUGUCCACCGUCGUCUCCGCCAUCAGCGAUCGCAGCGACUCCGUCGCAUGGUGGGUCAUCACGAAGCUCGCCGAUGAGAUCGACAGGGAGCGCAUGGGAGCUGCAUCGUCUUCAUCCGAUGGCGACUCUCGCAAGGAACAGAUUCAAGCUGGCGGAUACGCCGAGUCGAACGGAGCGACGAAGCAGGAUGUAGCAGAUGCUACCGCGGGCAGCGCUUCGUCCCACCCUUCCUCGAUCAAUUCCACCGCCCUUGCCGGUGACGACGCUGAAGCCAGUGUUGACACGUACGACCGCUUGACGCACUUGCAGAUGUGCCUGAUCAGCUGCAUUCCGAGCGUCAACCUCGUGCUGCUCCGAUCCGCCCUCAAGAAGGUGGAGACGUAUAUUGCGCAACAAAAGCAGCAGGAAGAGGGACACGGCUCGGAGACAGCCCUCUCGGCGUCCGCCGAGGGAUCGACCGGAGGCAGCCGAUCGGCCUUGUGCCAAAAGACGUUUGACGCAAUCCAGGCGCUCAACGCAGCCACAAGGGAGGAGGGACUCCGAUGGUGGCUCGACAACAGGGUCCAAUUCGGCGUGUAG